GGCGGCAGCGGAGCGGGCGGGGGCAGCGGUGACGGGCCCGGGCCGCCCGGGGGGCUCCUCAACCGCUUCGUGCAGCUGCCGGGCAGGCCCCAGCUCGCAGGUUACAGAGCCCCGCCAGCAAGGAGCGGCCAUCGGUGCGUAGCAGACAAUGCCAACCUGUAUGUGUUUGGAGGGUAUAAUCCAGACUAUGAUGAGUCUGGAGGGCCGGAGAAUGAAGAUUACCCACUGUUCAGGGAGCUUUGGCGCUACAACUUUGCCACGGGCACAUGGCAUCAAAUGGGCACAGAAGGCUACAUGCCCAGAGAACUCGCCUCCAUGUCACUUGUAUUGCAUGGUAACAACCUGCUGGUGUUUGGCGGCACUGGGAUCCCGUUCGGUGAGAGUAACGGCAAUGACGUCCAUGUCUGCAACGUGAAGUACAAGCGAUGGGCCCUGCUCAGCUGUCGAGGGAAGAAACCGAAUCGCAUAUAUGGACAGGCAAUGGCCAUCAUUAAUGGAUCACUGUAUGUCUUUGGAGGAACAACUGGCUAUAUUUACAGCACGGAUCUCCAUAAAUUAGACCUUAACACCAGGGAAUGGAUACAACUAAAACCAAACAACAUGUCCUGUGACAUGCCGGAGGAGAGGUAUAGACAUGAAAUCGCACAUGAUGGCCAAAGAAUUUAUAUCUUGGGAGGUGGAACUUCCUGGACAGCUUAUUCCUUAGAUAAGAUCCAUGCGUACAACCUUGAAACAAACACCUGGGAGGAAAUUGCAACAAAACCCCAUGAAAAAAUAGGUUUCCCAGCAGCUAGAAGAUGCCACAGUUGUGUACAAAUAAAAAAUGACGUGUUCGUCUGUGGCGGCUACAAUGGAGAAGUGAUCUUGGGAGACAUCUGGAAGCUGAACUUGCAGACGUUCCAGUGGGUGAAGCUCCCAGCUGUCAUGCCCGAACCAGUCUAUUUUCACUGCGCUGCCGUUACGCCAGCUGGCUGCAUGUACGUCCACGGCGGGGUAGUCAACAUCCACGAGAACAAACGGACUGGCUCCUUAUUUAAGAUGUGGCUGGUAGUACCCAGUCUGCUGGAACUGUCAUGGGAAAAGCUGCUGGGCUACUUCCCUCAUCUAGCAAAGCUCUCCAGGUCUCAGCUCUUGCACCUGGGACUCACACAGGGACUCAUUGAGCGGUUGAAAUGAGACCUCCUUGCUUGUUCGCCCUCUGCCCUAGAAACACUACGAGAGAGAGGCCGUUCCCCUCCCCUCUCUAUUUAUGGGUACCACAGAUGAAGACGGGCCAAGAAGACGGGAGGACGUGCUUGAUGCUUCGCUCGGCAAAUCUCUCGGAUGCCUCGUCUGCAAACUCUUAUUUUAAGUGGAUGGAAACCGGCCUUUUAUUUAUGGAUCUGUAUAAAUCCACCAGGAAUGAAGAUGCUUUGCCCGAUUCAUUCGUCGUGUUGCAACCACUAGGAUGCUCUUUGCAUAACGCUUGUAGCCUCGUCGGGGGUGGGGGAGGGGCUUAGGAAACGCCGCGGCUUACGCUUACCCAUGGUGUUUUUAAACUUAUUGUUUCUUGAGACAUAUUUAACCAAGCAGAGGACAGGAACCGCUGCAGCGCAACCGCAUCCUGAAGGAACAGUCGCAGUCCGUGCCCUUGGCUUCUGGCAGCAUUCGGCCUCCUGAUACCCGAACUGGCCUUGCCUCUGCAAAAUGUCCACCCCCCUCCUCCCCAAAGACUUGCAUGUGUUAGAGGCACGUCCUCAUCCUCUUCUGAGUUCUAGGAGAUGGCUGGAGCAUUGCAGUAGAGGCAGGGAACGGAGAUCGUCCACACUGCUUUUGAACUCCCACUGCUGUUUGUAGUGGCGUUGAGGAAGGGAAAGGAAGAAACGUCGCACUUCUGGGUCUCUUGUUCCGACCUCACCGUGGAACCUGGCUCUAGAGAAUGCAAACGCCCGGCCCUCGAAACUGGAGCACCUGAGUUUGGCGGAUCCUGGGUUUGAACAAAACAAUUUUCGACCAUUUUUAAGUGCCUUUUUAAUUAGCUUUCCCAAAUAACUCCCUGCCACCCACCCCUUCCCUCCCCCUGAGAGUGGAAUGGGGCGCUUUUAUAUUUUCCUUUUAAGAUGUUACUGUAGAGGCAAAUAAAUCGUAGUAGCAAAUUCAUACAGUU